AUGGAUCUCUGCCUCGCAAUCUCCGCCGCAGGUGACUCUAUCCAGAGAAGAUCCUUCUCCGUCGAAGCUAUCACCUCCCCGUCUCGCCAUCGCUUCGUUCUCGCUCCAGAUCCAGAUCCAGAUCCACCGUCGUUUGCUUCUCCGCUUGAUAUGCUCACGGUAAUCUCUCCUCCUGACCCUCCAGACCCACCCGACCCUCUAGACUCCUCCCAGUCUAUCCUCCACGUACCUGCAACCUCUGCUCCUUAUCCCGGUUCGACAACCUCUAGCUUUGCUGAUUUGGUUGUCGUGUCCUUUGGAGUAAGGCUGUUUGCAUCCUUGUUCUUCUUCUCCUCGGAGAUGUGUAGUUUCCAGAUGGGCUCCAGUCGUGAGAUUGACCUUUGUCUCUCCUAUGCUCAGUCAUCUCUUCCUUUGGACACGCCUUUGGAAGGAUGGAAGAUGUCGGAGUUAGGAAUGAUUCACAAUCAAAUCUCCUUCUUUGACCAUUUAUCUCCCGGCAUUAGAGCUAUGUCUCUCCCGCGUCACCGGUAUUGCAAGGAUCUUCCUCCUGGCUGA